AUAAGAAACUGCACAGGUAGAAUUAGUAGAACUGGAAGUAGCUGGUGUACAUGAAGUCAUUGGGGUGCUUUAAAAAUGAAUCUGUUAGAAAAUAGUGAAAUAAAUGUGGAAAUAUUAAGAAAGGGCCAGAACGAUGUAAAAAAUGAUGAGAGGAGGAUUUAUUCUGUGUCUUAAGAAUGAUAAAAUGUUGGUAAAGUUAAAAUGUGAAGAGUAAAGUAGCCCUGAAAGAUCAUGAAGGGAAAAAAUACAUGUUGCAAAAGGUUGUGCUUGUGUAAGAUCUUACAAAACCUUUGCAAGAUAGCCUCCAGCAUCAGCCAAAAUUUUAAUGUUAGUGCAAGAUGGAACCAAAAACUAUCAGAGGAGGAGUUUUCAGUGUUUCUGCUUUAUCUCCAACGUUUCAGCUUCAUCCCCAUAUUUUCCUCUCAUGCCUUACGCUGAUAAGAAAGUCUGACAUCAGCUUUAUUCUUACAUUUGCAGAAAACAUGCAGGACUGAAUUUAUCAUCCUUCUGUAAUAAGUCUCCUCUGAGCUUGAAUGGCUCUGAUUGGCUGCCCACGCCCCUCUCACUGCAGAGCAUGAGUCUAUUGUAUGAAGGCGCCCUCUAGUGGCUGUUUGACGACAUUACAGCCUGUUUAAUAUCACUCAGUGUGGCAGAUGGCAGCUGUUACAUGCUGUGAUAUGAUCCUGAUGGGUGAGCUGCACAGAUUAGAUCAUCAUCCAAAAAUGAAAGCAUCCACUCUCUGUUUUCUACACUUUGUGAAUCCUCCAUCAGUGAGGAGCUGUGCUUUUAUUCAAAGGCUCUUCUUUUAUAGAGGGCCUGAAAGUGAUGCUUUCUAACAGCCUGAGCAUGCGCUUGGUUAAUUGGCCGGUGCAGCCAGUAUUUUUAGCAGCCUUGCCACAGGCGGGCGGAGCUAAGGAGGCGGGGAUGGAGGGAUGCUGCUGAGGAAAGGGAGCAGGUGGAGACCGCGGAUGUUUACUGGAUACACUCUCACUCCAAGAGGGAGGAUCACGGAGAGCUGGCUCAGGUUUUAUUCCUUCUUCUUGGAGUCUAAAUCUCACCGUGGAGUGGUUCUGGUCCUGUCUUUAACCCCUCAGGGUGCAGAAACCUGAGCUCUGCUGCUCGGGAACACCGACAGGCUGCAGAGGAUCCGUCUGUCUGUCUGUCGCUGGAGGUUGCGACGAUGUGAAGCUCCAUCCGAGCCUUUCACCCUGAAACCUGAUAUUAUGCAGGGAACAAGGGGGGCUGCACGGAUCACAGGGGAACAAAGCACCGGUUCAGAAAACGAUUUGCACACUGGCAGAAUCCGCCAACGAUGGUCGACCCCUCAGAGGCAGAGGAGCAGAGCAAGUGUAAAGGCCCGCAGCUCGACACUCCCACCGUGGCCACCGAAGACCCUCGACUGCCAGAUCAGGCCGACGGCACCACGACGGAGGACGAUGGGGACGCCGGGUUUGAGACACCGCCCACCGGGAGCUCUGAGCCGAGCCCCUGCCACACCGCGUCCCCUCCAGGACCGGACCCGGCCUCCCAUCAGGAGACUCCACCUCAGCAACCACAGACUCAGACCGAUAAAGACCCGCCUCCUAAGUUCCACCUGGACCUGUACAACUUUGACUCACCAGCCGCGGAGGGCAGCCGCUACGUGCUAACAAGCCCCCGCUCUUUGGAGGGGUGCGCUCGAUGUGGAGUCAAACCCGUGGAGCUGCUGCCUCGCCCACUCGCAGACUUUGCCCGGGAGGCUCCUGGGCGCUCCAUGCGUGUGGCGACGGGUCUGUUUGAAGUGUACGAGAGGGAUCGGCACGCCAAGCUGAGGCAGUGCAGGGAGGAGAGGGAGAGGAUCAUCAGAGAGGAGAAGCGGAGGAUCCAGCAGGCGACAGCUAACAGCAGCGGGAGUCCAUCGUCCUCCUCUGGGGAGCAGCAGCACAAAGCCUCCUCUGGCUCCACACUGUCCCCAAAGUCCGGGCCGGUGACCUCCAGCUCAGCCCCUGAUUUUGGAUCCUCCCCCAGAUCCACAGCAUCAGGUUCAUCCACUAAAACAGGAAAAGCUCUCCUACCUAAACCUGCUUCCACCAGUUUCAGUACUUCCCCUAAAAUUCCUCAUCCAGCAUCUCAGUCCUCAAAAACUGGAUCAACGACCUCCACGGCGUCCUUCAAAGGAGGACUUCAAGGAUCUACCAAGCACUGCUCGUCUGAGCAGGGGAAAGCUCCUCGUCCUCUCUCAUCCGGCCCCCCGCCUGUAACCAGGAAGUCUUCAGGUGGUAAAACCUCCAACACGUUCCCCAGAUCGACUCCAAAACCGCCGUCCUUCCCGAGAGCCAACACGACCUUAUCAGCGUCUGUGUCCAAACCUGCAGCUCAGACCACGGGGACGCCUCUGAACGGCGUGGCAGGAGUUCUGUUCUCUCAGCACAACGGACAUCUAGGACUCCACCCUAAGGUGCGAGGGAAGAGCCACUCGCUUGAGUCCCUGCAGCGGAGGAUCGAUCCGGUCUGCUCCUCCACCUCCACCACCACAACCACCACAUGCACCUCCUCAGAGUCCGGAGCGUCCUCCUCCUACAGCUGGGAAGGAGCUCGGGAUCACUGGGCUAAGUUCUCCAGUCCCCGCGCUCGCACCAUGGCCACUUUCAACUCCCUGAUGGGCCGCAGCCUCAGCCUGGGAGACCUGAGCCACUCCCCUCAGACCACGCAGAAGGUGGAGCGCAUCGUGAAGGAGGUGAAGAGACGAGGCCUGAAAGCCGUGUCCGAGCGGGACCGUAAGAUCGCCGCUCUGAUGCUCGCCAGGUACCAAGAGGAGGACAUCAUGAGUCAGACGCGCUACGUGGCUCACCUGCAGUGGGACAGCGAGCGCCGGAUGGACGAGUUUCGCCGGGAGCAGGAGGACAGGGAGAAGCAGCGGGCGGUGCAGGAGUGUCAGAGGGUGUGGCAGACACAAGUGUCCAUACGUCAGAGAAGACUCAGCCAGCAGGAGCGACUCUCAGCUGCAGCCAAGAUGAGACAGGUGGAGGAGAGCGAGGAGAGGUGGAGGGAGCUGGCGGAGCAGCAGGAGAGGACGCGUCUCCUGAGGCUGCAGCAGGCCGCCCGGGAGGAGAAGCACAAGAAGGCCCUGCAGGAGCAGAACCUGAAGGCGCUGGAGGAGGAGAGGGCGGCCAUGCUGGAGCAGGAGAGGCUGCUGCUGAAGGAGAAGCUCACCAUGGCCGAGCUGAAGAGGCAAGAGAAGGAGCACCAGGGGCAGGAGGACAGACGGGGUCUGAACAAAGCCGAGAAGAGACGCCACGCCGCCCUCACGCAGGAGAUCGCCCGCAGGGAGCUGGAGGAGCGGGAGGAGGCCAGGAGGAUGUCAGAAGAGAAGCUCAGCCGCUCCCUGGAGAAUUACGAACAGAUUGUGGAGCGGAGAGGGAUGGAGCUGAAGGAGAAAGCCAAGCGUGAGGAGAAGCAGAUCCAGAAAGCACGCAAGGCCGCAGAGAGGCGUGAGAAGCAGCAGCAGCAGCUCCUGGAGGCUCGCGUGAAGGAGGCGGAGAAGCGAGCCCAGCAGGCGGCGUUGCUGGCCGAGGAGCGCGCCAAGGAGAAGGCUCAGCGGGCCGUGCAGAGCCGCCAGGAGAAGGAGAAACUCCAGAGGCUCAACAGGCAGCGCGUGGAGGACGAGGAGAAGCAGAGGCGUCUGGAGCUGCUGCAGUCCAUCGAGAGGAAGCUGGAGAAGAGCGAGCAGAUCUUCAAGGAGAAGAAGGCGGUGCUCGAUAGCGCUCGGUCCGUGGCGCGGGCUUCGUUUCACGUCCGGGACAAAGUGCGGGAGGAGACCAACAUGCGUACGUUUGAUAAAAUGGCGCUGGAGGCUCAGCUCAAAGCCAGCAUGGACGAGAAAUAAAGACUGUCUGUGGCGGACUGAGAUUCUGGUCAUGUGCUCGCCUUCACUGUGGCCCUCAUCAGUUUAGCUUUACCCCUCUUCAUCAUCAUCGUCAUCACUCCCCAAGUUUCAGACAUUAUCCAUCAGUUUAUUAAACGUCCAAUCAAAGCAAACCAAACAUUUUCUACCAUGAGGCGAAGAUUUAUAUAUCAGCUGUUCAAACCAACACUGAGGCCUGAGAGAGACGAACAGGAGACUUCAUGUUAGAGGAGAGAGUCCUGCAACACAAACCCUCUCCUCUCUCUCCCUCUCUCCCUCUCCCUCUCUCCCUUUCUCCCUCUCUCCCCCUCUCUUCUCUCUCUGUCUCAGCCACCGGACUGAAAGCUGUGCAGGAAUUGAAAAGAGUCAUUGUUUACCAGGAAGCACAACUCCAUGACAACAGCAGAGGCUUUUAAAGGGAGCACUCUGCAAGGAAGCGUAAUGGCCCCAGUCCCCCCCGAGCAAGGAGGGAUCCUUUUUGUACACAGAGCCGGAUUCAGAGCCCUCAGCUGGACACGUGUCCACACUGAACGCUGACAUUGCAGCACAGGAAAGCUGCGCACGAGGCCUGUGCUGAUGAUGAAGCAUCAGCAGAACUCUCCCUCGCCCCCCCUUCAAGGACUCGGCCGCAGACGUUCGGCUCCCCGGCACGGUUUCCCGGUGACCGAGUCAAGGACGACAGGUCCCGGAGAUGAAACCAUGCCGGAGCUGUAACCUGUGACCUUCAACCCUUGUGACAGCGCCUUUUUUUCCACACUGAACUUAAUCAAAUAAGGUCUCUCCUCUCAUGGAAACACGUCCAUAUCAAGCCUUUAGUCGUUUAAAACUAGUAACAGUGCCAUCAUCUAUUGUGCUGCUGAGAACUGAACCCCUGAUGUGAACCUUUCAGCCUUUUACCUGCGUAAAGAAAAGACACGUUGGAGGUUCAAACACAGCUUUAUUAGCAUCAAGGCAUGUUGUUCAGUCUGUAAUACGUUCCCUCUUUCUUCUUCGUGCGUCUUCCUCCUGCUGUUAAGUUACAGUCAUGUGUACAUUAUCAUACAGUGCUUGUGUGAGUGAAUUACAUUACGUUGCUUCGUCGAGAACAGAUUUUUCGGAUGUAGCAAUAAGGUAAACGGUCAAAUUCAAUAUCAGACAUACAUGUGAGUUAUUUGUUUUCAUAAAACCUCUGUUGAAGUGAAGGAAACAGUCUGUGCAAACAAUCAAAACCAGAACAAUAAAACAAACAUUUUACAAGAUA